GUGCGACACUAAUACCUCUGUUAAAAUCUCAGAAAAUGUAGUUUGUUUCAUGACGCUUUAAUGAUCGAAAGGUGGAAGUCGUGUACUGUUGUGUGUUUGUGUUAUUUCGAUGCAGAUGUCUUGUCACGAUUCUCUUCCGCCAUCUCGUGGCCGUGUACACACACACACACACACACAGACACACACACACUCACACACACACACACACACACACACACACUCUCUCUUUCUCAGACACGGACACACUCGCUCCUCUCCAGGGUUUUUGGCCAGAAGUUGAGGUACACGUCAGAGUGCAAGCCUUGUACUGGUGAGCCGACGUGUGCGAUGACCUCAGCAGUUUGUGCGCAUCAGCUGACGCUGGCAGACACCGGAAGACAUGCAACGGAAGGUAGAGAUGCCGAUAAACGAAGGUUUCUCCAUCGCUGGCCCCUCAACAACUCCCCGGAAGCGGCAGGUGCGUUUCUCCGCCCGACACGACAUCCUGCUCCUGCGUGAGGUCAUCGCGCAGAACCCGUUCAUCUCGAAGGAGUCCGGCCGGAUCUGGGCUCGGGUGGGUGAGAUCGUUACGACUGCGCUGCAGGAUGAGAACUUUGAGGUGGAUGGACGCAGGUGCAGGGAGAGAACCAUGCUGCUGCUCGACUAUUACAAAAAGCAGGACUUUCCCAGCCUGCGCAGGUUUGGCACGGAGAGGCUUUACGCUCAGAAGGAGGAUCUGCUGCACGAGGUUUUGGAGCUUGAGGCCGAGAAGAACCUGAUGGCAAGUGGUGAAGGGAAAUACCAGGAUGGAGAGAUGAAGAAGAGAACGCUAGAGGAGCUCACACUAUCCGAGCCGGACAAACCCACUGUGCUUCCAGUCGCGGCAGCGGCGCCUACAGUGUCUGGUUCAUUGGAGCCGGAGGAACAGGAGGACCUGGUCGAGCUGUCGGCGCCCACUGCCAAGCGACCAUGCCAGUGCUGCUGCCAGACGUACUCGGAGAUCCUGAGCUUCCUGGAGAAACGCUCGGAAGCCGAGCAGCGGCUGCGUGAAGAGGAAAUGGCACUCCGCAGGGAAGAGCUCGAGAUCCAGCGGAGCAAAAUCGCUCUGGAACGCGAACGACUCGGUGCUGAGAGGAAGGAACGUGAGCGGCGCUUUGAGCUGGAGAGCCAGGAGAGGCAGGUCAUCCUUGAUCUGCUCAAGGAGAAAGUUCUCAAGAGCGAGAAGAACGCUGAGUGCUGACUUUUCUGAACACAGUGCUACAUUACCAAUAGUUUUGGACUCAUUUUGCUAACCUGUUGCUAACAUUUUCCCUCACAAAGAGUUCAUUCUAACAGUAAUGGCUAUUUGGAAUAUUUAAAAGAUUAUUUGGGACAAUGUAUGUAGAUAUUGAGCCAUAAUGUAGUAGCUAGCUAACAACUAGCUAGCUAACUGGCUAAAUAAUAAUUUAUAGAUUGUAGCACUUUACAAAUUGCGUAUCCAAAACACUAGCACUUGAGUUUAGAGCUGGGUGGUAUGACAAAAAUAUCUCGCCAUGAUACAUCAUGACAUUUCAACGAUAUAUAGGUUUACUAACAAACUGCCAGCAAAACACCAGUAAAAAAAACUACUAAAAAGUAACUUUUUUCUACAAAAAUAUAUUAAUACUAAAAAACAAAUAAAAUCAUACUACUAAUACAUUUUAAUAUUAAAUAAAAAUUAUAAUUUAAUAAGGAUUCCGUACAAAAUUUUAACAUCAUAUUAUUUAAAAUCAAACUUAGUUAGAAUAUCAUAACACCAUAUACCAUAAUAUUUUGACAUCAUUUCCAGCCCUACGUGAGUUUUUAUUUAAAAUUAAUUCUAACAAAUAACGGUUGUUGAUAAAACUUUCAAGACUUUGAUACUACAUCGCAAAUAUGACUUGCUAGUAAAGCCACAAGUAUUUCAGAAUGCUAAAUAGAUACAUCCACCAGCUAUAUGUUACAGUGAGCAUAGCUACAUGUCCGUUUUAUUUCAUUAUGCAAUUAUUCAGAUGUUACGUUUCUGAGCCAAUUUUCCAUAUCCAGGUGUUAAAACUAUAAAGAAACUUGUUAGAGUUAGUACUUACUAGCGGUAAAUGAAGAAUCGUUAGCUAGCAUUGUUCUGCAAACCUUAGCUAGCUAUGAUUAGCCAGAGGGAAUUUCCGAGUGAGAAUAACAACCUUGCACUAUUUUAUUGAACACUUGGGGUGUUUUUUUUAAGCAAAAAAAUGUGUUGUAUUAAAAAUUCAAAUAGCAGAAAGCUAAACAUAAUUUGGUCAUGUAUAGUUAAAAAUAGCUUUAAAUAUUGAUCAAAACGAAUGCAAGUCUGGGGGGCAUACACUUUUGCCCAACUGAGAAGAAAUCUUAUUACACCUAAAAAGUUGUGAUGUUUCUAGAAAACUCUGUAGGUUUAAUUCUAAGUUAAAGUGUUUGGGACAGAGCCAUGUUUAGACUACAAAGGAGAGAUUCGAUUGAUUGCAUCAACUGGUGAAAUCAACUGUUAUGAAUCAACUUUGUGCACCUUUCAGCUGCUAGCGUCAUUCCUGUUCUUCCUGUCCUUCCUGAAAUGCAUUUGUUGUUCUCAUAGCAUGACGACCUACAGGAGACAAGGACAUGGGAAUCUCGGUCAAAAAGGAUGGAUCUCAAGUUUUAAAAAAUCAGCUAGCUUAAUGUAAUUACGUUAACGCCACUAACCUUUCAUUUCUUUGUCUUGAUGUACUGUUGAAUGCAAUAUACAACUUGCUCUACUAGAGCUAACAAGGUUACCUAAACAACACUGUGCUACCAUUAGCCAGCUAGCUAGUUAUGUUACUUCUCUAGCAUAACAUUAAGCAGCUAAUCAGGUUUUCUAGAAAUCCUGCUAAUGCUAGGUAAUCUGUUUUUUUAAAACCAAGUUUGCUAGCUCAUGGGAUAAUGUUAGGCUAACAGUUCUAUCCUGCACUUAAUAUCAAUAGCCAAUUUUGGUAGCAAGCUAGGAAAUAUUAGGCUGGAUUUUUUUUAAAUUAGUAACAUUAAACUGGUUUUCACAAAUGUUAUUUUAUUUGUGUAAGAUCAAAGUUUAAACCAGCAGCUAAGUUUGCUAAUCUUAUGUAAAUGAUUUUAUUUUAAAUAAUUUUAUAAAUAAGUGUCCAAAUUCACUAGCAACUAUUUUAUUAUGUAAAUAGAACCAUGCUAACCUCAUUCGCAAGCUAGGGCAUCUGUGAAUUACUUUGGCUGAUCCAUUUUAUCGUAAUUAAAACCAGCAACUGAGCAUGAAAAUGUUGUGUGGCCAAGGUCACAAGCAACUAUUUUAUUGUGUAAGUGCAAUAAAACGCUAAGCUAAGUUCAUUGGCAGACUAGGUAACGCUACGUAAACCGCAUUAUUGUUUAAUCAAAACCAGUGGCCAAAGUAUGGGAAGUUUUGUGACUGAGUUUGCGAUUGGACCCUGCAGUGAUCAAUCUGUUUUCUAGAAAAAUAGCUUACAUUAUGCAAUCUAUUAUAUAUUCAAAAUGUGUUGCUAGCCACCAAGUUUCUAGCAAACUAGCGAUUGUAUCAUUGUGUGUAGCUACUACGAUAGCUAUAUUGAACCAAUAACUAAGUCCGUAAGGUAAGCUAAUUUAACAUAUUUAAAGUAUGGUGAUGUCAUAUGACCAAGUUUGUGAUUGGCUGAAAACAUUUAACUUAAGCUCCACCCUCAUUGAUGCAGUGUCACCCGUAACUAAGCAAAAUCAGGACUCGUUUAAAUGCUGUAAUUUAGUUGCAAUGCUGCAAAAUUUAUGUUAAUUUCCAUGUAAAUUAAAGUCAAAGUGUUGCUGCAUGACAUAAACGACUUUAAAGAUGUACAAACACAUUUUUUUUAGUUGUUGGAAGCUGCUGUAGAUGUGAAGUUUGUUACAUUUGUCAGAUUUAAUGUACAGUUAUAUGUUUGCUGUGAAAUGAUGCAGAACCAUCGGUGUGCAUCACAUAGCCAAGUCUUUGUUGAGAGAUGACAAUAAUUGAUGUUUACGUUGUCUAAGAUUUACCAUGUACUGCCAUUUAAAAAUUGUUUUCUUUUUUUUGCCCAUGUCUUUGUUGCACUCAUAGAGUUGAAGCAACUACUCUGGCUAAAAUAAAUGUUAAUAUUAACAAUAAUAUUCCAGGGCUUCACUUAUAUGUAUUUUUAGCUAUAUUAUUUUUGCUAAAUGAAAAUUAGUUGAUACUACUGAAAUGUAACAUGAUAUAUAAUUAUUUGGAUUACACAGCUUUAUAUUGUGAAUAAAAGUUUGAAUAAUU